AUGAACGUAACUCUGGACCCUUCCCGCGAUGAUCUCCCGCUCAUGGCCAACACCAGCCGCAUACUUGUGAAACACUAUGUGCUGGAUUUAGACGUGGAUUUUGAAAGUCACAUCAUUGAGGGCACCAUAGUGCUUUUUUUUGAACCUGGAAACAGACUCAAGAAACAGAGUAGCUCCUUUGAGGAAACCUGCUCAUCGGAGUCAAGCGAAGUCCAUGAAUUUAGGAUAACAGAACCCUGCCCUACCCCUGUGACAAACACCAGGACCUUCUCUUCUAAAGCGGGAUAUAAUGAUUUUGCAAUCUGUGGUAAAGGUAAAAAAGAUACUUCUGAUAAAGAUGGUAACCAUGACAACUGCGAACAGGCUUCUGGGAUUUCUAGUUCACAGUGCUACUGUGACACAGGGCAUGAUGGGAGUGAGGAUUUUUUGCUAGUGUUGGACUGCUGUGAUUUAUCUGUGUUAAAGGUUGAGGAGGUGGAUGUUGCUGCUGUGCCAGGUAUUGAAAAAUUUACAAGGUCUCCCCAGCUCCCGGUUGUUUCUGAGGAGCGCAGGAAUCAGAUUGUAUGUGAACUUGUGACUCUGCCUGCACAUCGUUGGAGGGAGCAGUUAGACUGUUAUGCUCGAUGCAGCCAGGCUCCUGGCUGUGGGGAGCUCCUGUUUGCCACUGAUGCAUGGAGCUUACAGAUCAGGAAGACAGGGGCUCAGACAGUUACUGACUUUCCUCACGCCAUAAGGAUACAGUACAGAACCAAACCUGAGGGGAGAUCAGUUUCGUGGACCUCAGACCAGAAUGGCAGGCCAUGUGUUUAUACUAUGGGAUCCCCCAUAAACAACAGGGCCCUUUUUCCAUGCCAGGAACCACCCGUUGCCAUGUCAACAUGGCAGGCUACAGUUCGAGCAGCUGCAUCUUUUGUUGUUUUAAUGAGUGGGGAAAAUUCUGCCAAGCCAACACAGUUUCAGGAAGGGUACUUGAACUGGCAUUACUAUGUAACCAUGCCGAUGCCAGCCUCCACCUUCACAAUUGCAGUGGGAUCCUGGACAGAAAUACAGCCUGAGGCCUGCUCAUCAAAUACUCGGGCAACAGAGAACAUCUUCCCCUCUUGUGAGGACAACUUCAGGUGGGCUGGUGUUUGCAAUCAUGUGGAAUACCCCUGCCGCUUCCAGAAUGUUUAUGCUACUACCCAGAACAUCAUUCCUCAUCGGGUCUUCUCCCCAUUGUGUCUUGGAGAUGUAUGCCAAGAGACCCUUCUGCAGCUGAUCCCUCAUUGCCUCUCAGCAGCACAUUCUAUCCUGGGAACACACCCCUUCUCCAGGCUGGAUGUACUCAUUGUCCCUGCCAACUUUCCAAGUCUGGGAAUGGCCAGCCCACACCUCAUCUUCCUCUCUCAGAGCACCUUGACGGGAAGUAACCACCUUUGUGGGACCCGGCUUUGCCAUGAAAUUGCUCAUGCCUGGUUUGGCCUAGCCAUUGGAGCCCGAGACUGGACAGAGGAGUGGCUGAGUGAGGGGUUCGCCACUUACCUGGAAGACAUAUUUUGGGCUGAAGCACAGCAGCUGGCCCCUGGUGAGGCCCAGGAACGGCAGACGCUGCGUGCUUGCCUGCGCUGGCACCGCCUCCAGGACGAGGUGCAGAACUCGGCGGAAGAGAUGCAGGUGCUAAGACCUAACAAAGAGAAGACGGGGCACACGACUGACUUGGGAGCAUCUGUCGUCAAACAUGGGCUCAACCCAGAGAAGGCUUUCCUGCAGGUUCAUUAUUUAAAGGGCUACUUCCUUCUUCGGUUCCUUGCCAAGAGAUUUGGAGAUGAAACCUAUUUUUCAUUUUUAAGAAAAUUUGUGCACAAAUUUCAUGGACAGCUGAUUCUUUCCCAGGAUUUCCUUCAAAUGCUGUUGGAGAACAUCCCAGAAGAAAAAAGGCUGGAGUUGUCUGUUGAAAACAUUUUGCAAGACUGGCUUGAGAGUUCCGGAAUACCAAAGCCGCUGCAGAGGGAACGCCAGGCCCGGCCGGAGUGCGGACUCUCGUGGCAAGUCAGCGCCGAGGUCACAAAAUGGAUUCGCAUGAACCGAAGACCCAAAAAACGGAAACGGAGACAGAGCCAGGAGGUGUUUGAAAAGCUUCUCCCAGACCAGCUGGUCUUACUUCUGGAACGUCUCUUAGAGCAGAAGACUCUGCACCCAUAUACCCUGCAAAGCCUCCAGCAGACAUACCAUCUCCCCGAGCAGGAUGCAGAGGUUCGCCAUCGGUGGUGUGAGCUCAUUGUCAAGCACAAGUACACGAGAGCAUAUGGUCAGGUGGAGCGCUUCCUGCAGGAGGACCAGGGCAUGGGUGUCUACCUCUACGGGGAGCUGAUGGUGAGCGAGGAUGCGCGACAACAGCAGCUCGCCCACAGGUGCUUCCAGCUGACCCAGGAGCAGAUGGACAGGGCCUUGGCACAAGUGGUGGCUGAGAUGCUGUUUUAA